AUGGAGUCCAUUGAGGCGAAAAUUAAGGCUUUUCUCAGCGGCGAAGUCAAAGACGACCCUGAGAAGGAGUUUCUAAAUGUCGACUACUCACUGGACCAGCAAAACUAUGAGCUCAGCGCCCGAGGCGUUGAACCAAAGAGUCCGGCGGAGUUCAAGCCAAAAAUCGGCACCACCAUCACCUACGUCGUUGCGGCAGUCAUCUUCAAUGAAAAGAGCGAGAUUCUGAUGAUCCAGGAGGCGAAGCGCAGCUGUGCAGGCGAGUGGUACCUGCCCGCCGGACGAGUGGAGCCCAAUGAGAGCAUCGAGGACGCCGUCAAGCGGGAAGUCGUCCAAGAGACGGGCUUUGAAUUUGAGCCGACGACGCUGCUGAAGGUGGAGAGCUCCCACGGCACCUGGUUCCGCUUCGUCUACACUGGAAAUGUGGUGGGCGGACAGCUGAAGACGGUGGCCAAGGCGGACCAGGAGUCACUGCAGGCGAGCUACAUCGCCGACAUUACCAAGCUGACCUUGCGCUCACAGGACUGUCUCAAGCUGAUUGAGCUCGGUCGGGAGUACCUCAAACACCGGGCCGAAUGGCACAGCGAACAGCUGGUCAUCAGUCGGCCGGUGCCUAACAUUUUCCUCCGACUGCUCAUUGCCAUUCGAAGCAGACAGAGCAACGCCUACUCAGUGCUCAUAUCCGACUCCCUGGUUCAGCACAUUCCCAUGACGGAAAUCAAUCCAGCACGCAGUGUGCACGCCACCUUGAAGCGUUUCAUGCAGGUAAUGCUGAGAAUGUAA